GGAUCUGGGAUUUUCAUAAUGGCGGAUCAUUCGAGUUUGUAAAAACAAUUGUGUAUAACUAUGCACAUUCCAGGACGAUUUUAGCAUCAUCGCAUACAGAUUAAUGGCUUGGAUAACACGAAUGUUUUAUUCCUGGAGAUUUUAUCGAUCAUGGGUCUCCCCUACAAGAAAUGAAAUGCAGUUUUCUAUCCACGUGACUGAGAGCCAGUGAGAAGGGGUUUCCCUGAUUUACUUCCGACAUACACCUUUGCAAAUUUUAGUUUCGUCAGGUGAACGCGAAGCACUGACUGCAUUAAGAAGGUAGCUACAGCACGCACCACAACAAUUGACCAACCAGGAAGAUUAUUCUGUUGUUUUGGUAAGUUUUAUGGCAGUUUGCUUCUCUUAAUUUAAAGGUUUGUUUAGCUUCAGUCAACAUUGAUCUGUUGUGAGCGUUGUGAGCUCAAAUUCUCUCGAUGUUUUAUCUUUCAAGAAUAUUUCAGUUUUCAGGGGAGUUGCCUCGCAUAUAAACUAAAUGAGAAUUGCCAUACAUUCCUUAAAAAAGUUUCCCAACCAUGUAACUUACAUGUUAUGCAGCCAGUCAAGUUAUCGUUGCUAAGCCACCUUGUGGGUAACUUUUACUUAGGUGGUGAAAACCCUAAACCUCACACACCGUGUGAGGUUUGCUAAGCAAUGCUUCACUUUUGGUCGAAAAAUUUGAGCUUCUAAUUUCCCUAUCCCCAGCUGAAAUCGUCAAACAAUGUGUAAGGAAAUUAUUAAGACUUAAAUCAGUUCAAGGGAAGGGAAGUUGUGUAGGUGAUCAGGUGCAAUCCCUUAAUGACAUCUGACUUCACACAGAAGAGCUCUGAGACACGUUCUUGACAGUUAUCUUCAAGAAAAGUGUGGAAAUCUUUGUAUCAUUUUCUGAAAAUUUUCAACGUCUCGGAAUAAGAUCUGAUCCUGUAUAAAACAGUCUGGCUCUCUACUUGUACUUCCUUGACUCAAAGAAGGAACAGCAAUGAGGUGACAGGGUCAUCUACUGAUAAAAUUUCUUCAUAUUUCAUUAAAUUACAUCGAUCUAAAACAAAAUUCAUAUCAUCGACCUCAUGCUCAAUCAUUUUAGUGUCAACAUUUCCUUUUGCUUUAUGUAUAUUCAGAAAGAGACAUGGCUGAAACUUUAGCGCUUUUGAUUGGACCAAGUUAUCCAGAAGAUUUGCCAACCUACUGUGGCCCCCUGCAAGGUGUAGCAAAUGAUCUGCAGUUGAUGAAAGACAUGCUCUGUGAGAAUGGAUUCCAAUCAGAAAACAUUAAGGUCUGUAGAAAGUUUCUAAAUUUUCAAAGUCUGGCACUGCAUAUCUUAAAUUAUCCCUACCAUUGAAAGUAUACAGUGCUUCAAGCCUUAAAGGCAGGUUUUUUAAAGUCUCCAUUUGGAAACUAAAAAUCAGAUUUGAAAUUUCAGUUUUCAGUGGCCAGCAGCUGUUUUUGAAGGCUCAUGUGACAUUUCAAUAUUUAAAAAAGGGAAACAAGAAAGUACCAAAAUAAAGGGGCAACUAUGGUUCUAAAGUAGCUAGUUUAUAGGGUUUUUUAUAGUGCAAGAUCUGGAUGUAAACAUAGCUGGGCAAGCUUUAAACAUGUCAACAGGCAAAACAAAAGUGGUGGAUCGAUACGGUUGUGCAAUUGUUAUCUAAAAAGUUGUAUUAAAACAGUAUAAAACAACAGAUUUUUUUGCAGUAAUUGGACUCUAGGUAAACUCUUAUCGUUGCAGCUUGGAGCAUUGCAGACACUGGUAUUUGGAGAUUUCAAAGAGUGAUUUAGUCUUUCAAAAAUCCCAUCAAAAUAUGCUCAAAACUCAAUCUCUCAACACUGCUGUUUUAAAGUUAACUUAGUAACCUGGCCGCUAAUCUUGUCAUAAUUCAUCAAUACGUUUCUGUGCUUACAUUUAAGGUCCUGGAAGGCCUUUUGGCAUCACGAGAGAGCAUCCUAGCUUCCUUAGAAGAAUUGUCUGCAAAGGCACAAAAAGGUUCAGUGGUGGUUGUUUAUUAUUCUGGCCAUGGCUGUAGCUUUGAUGCUGAAAAAGCUGGCUAUUUUGAUGAAGGCUUGAUUUCUGGGGACUUAACAAAAGAAAUGGUAAAUAAUAAACACAUGUAGUUCCCAUUUCUCAGCGUAACUAAAUUUAAAUACCGUGACCAUUAGAUAAAAACCAUUUGACAUCUUGGCACAGAGAUGGAAAUAAGGUGUAUGUAACAAACUGAUCAUUGGCCUAAUCUAUCAAAUCAAAAUUCUGAUAAGUUAGGGAGUAUUUAAGUAAGUAUUAAUUUGCAAUCAAGGAGGUGCUUUUCAAGUUUUCUUUGUGGCCAAUACCUUCACAAGUCACAAUUCUUAACUAGUGGUAGAAAGUGCAGUCAAUUGCCUUUACUCAAUAGCAAUUAUGAUAAUGGUUUUCUGACAAAGCAAGCUGCUAGGUGAAGAUGCUGAGUGGGUGGACAUUAAUCCAUGGAAACACUGCAAGAAAUGUCUCACUCAGCCUGAAAAAGUCAGUGAAUUGCUCAGUGUGGUUAGUAACCAACUAAAGGGUUCAAAAUAAUAGUCCAGGGUUAAGAAAAUUGAAUUGCAGUGCAUGGAAUUGUUUAAUAUUCACUACAUGUAGCAAGGUGGCAUUUCCAAUGACUUUAUUGAGAGGAACUGUGUCAGUUGCAUUCAUUCAUCUUAACUCUUUUAACUGUAAUUUUUCCAAUCAUUUGUUUCCAGUCUGUGUCAAUUUUCCUCAUCCUUGACUGAAUCCCUGUUUCUUUCGAGUUGACUCUCUCAUAGCUUGCCAUUGUCAAUGACAAAAAACCUUUACAAUAUUAGUCAAGAAUAUAAUCGAGGUUUCAUAGAAAACUAUUCAUGUCACUCGGAUGAAAGUGUAUUAGUGUAACUUCUUUUUUUUUAACAUAAGAUUGUAGUAAGUCUCAAGUAAGUCAACCUUUUAUGUUUUUAAUUUUUUUUUGCAGGUUGAUGAAUACCACAUCCUUGAUACUUGUAUAACAGGUGAACAUUUCAAGCCUCACCUGUCCAAGUUGAUUAACAAGGGGGCACUUGUCAAUGUUAUCUUUGAUUGCUGUUUUUCUGGCCGUAUCUACAGAGGUUAUCCAGACACAAAACACAACAACACAGGCAUUAAACAGGUAAACCACUGACUAUGGAGCAAUACUGUUGCCAAAAAGUUAUUCUUGAUUUGAAAAUGUGCAAAGUAGAUAAAUUUCUAUAUGGCUAUGUAUUUUAAUCUGUAGAAUAAAUCAGAUGAUGUGAAUGAACUUACAUUUGUUGCAUUUGUACUGACCCAGUUUCAGUACUUUGGAUCUAAAAGUAAAGUGUUACAACUGGUUUUAAAAAAACCUCAACCAUUGAUUAAGUUAAAGGAGAAGUAUUUGUCCAAAAGCCAUAUAAUUAUUAUUUCUGCCAUUAAAAGUAUGGAUCAUUGUGUUCCUGGGAAAGCUCAGUCUACUUAAGUCUCACAAAUUAUGCAUGUUUCCACCAAGGCAAAUAGGUAAGUAUUGCAACACGAAAGUUUUUUUGGGAAAUAAUGUUGAAGUUCUAGGCAAAGCCUCUGUCACUUUGAUAACUGGUUUAUGUUGUUGUACAAAAGUAUUUUACAGUGUAAAUAAUAGUGUUGAACUUUAAGCCUAGUCCUUACUCAAAAUUUAACAUUAUUAUUUGAAGUAACACUGAAGGAAAACAAGUAAAGCUUGAUUACAGUUUUGGAAAAUGAUAUGAAUUUUGGCAGAAUUUCCUGUGAUGGACCAUAGCUGCUGCAUAUCCUUCCCAGGAGUAAUGUCAAUACCUGAACCCUUUCACUCCAAGAUCUCAUUAGCAAUUCUCCUUACUGUCUGCCAACCAAUUCUGAUGAUCUUAGUUUAGAGAAUUUGGUAUUGGAUCAACUAAUAAUCCCCUAAUUGACAUUUUACUUCAUUCUCAUCACUUGUCUGCUUGAUAUUGUAUUGAUAGUGUAAGGAGAAAUUCUCUCUUUGUCACUUAUGGAAGUUAAGGGGUUAAAGUUGCUUCAGGCAACAGAAAAUAAAGUUGCAGCAGUUAUAUAAUGUACUUGUGGUUAAACCUACAAGUAGACUUAAAUGCAAACACUAAUUGCAAGUGUUUUGAAUCACUUCUUUGCACAGCUUGCAUUUUCUGAUGAAUACAUCAGUGAGUAUCGCAAGGCUCUAGAAGCCAGAGGGAAACCCACCAAGAAAACACAACCGGGUUCAGCAGCUGCGCGCGCCAAGGUAGGUUUUCUUUUUUUAAUUUAUUUUUCUUUUCAUGUAUGUACGUAACAGCUUUUCCAUGACAAGACUUUGAGUAGCUUUUUUGAUUCUUUGGUGGUUGUUGUUUGCAUAAUCAAACAGGUUAUACUAAAGUAGGUGAUGGUUGCCAUUGUAGAAUAACAUUCAAUUCAUAAGGUUGAUAUUUUCUUCUCACUUGAUGUUGCUACAUCUUGCUACAUACUUUUUGGACCCACCAUGAAUUACACAAAUGCUCUGAUGUGACAAAUUUUGGAAAAUACUCUUUCUUCUUCAAUCAAUUGAUCAGUCAAUCAAUCAAUCAAUCAAUCAAUCAGUUAAUCAGGGUAAUUUAGUAUUAUCAACUGAGUUGAUAGCGUAAUUUGGCCAACAUGAAGAAUUUCGAAACUAAUGUUUCAAGCAUUGACCCUUCGUCAUUCACUCUGACAAAUAGGGCUAUAGCACUCAAAACAUCAGCUUAGAAACUCUAUACAAUGGCCAAUUUACAUUUAUUUAUCAGCUCAGUUGACAAUACUAAAUUACUCUAUUAUUCUCUCCCACCAUGGCAGCAUCACAGUUUCUUUAGAAACUUACCCCCUUGAUCAGUCAAUCAGGCUGUCACUCAGUUAGUCUCUCAGUCUGUCACCCUCUUUUAAAUCAAUUUCUAUAACCAAUAAGUCAAUCAUUUCACUGAUGAUAACUGUUCAUUUACUUUAUAUUCAAGACAUACCAAAGAAGUACCAUCUACUAGUAGGUUUUGAUGUUGCAGAGAUGUUCACUUAGUGAUUUUUGUUCACAUUAGCAUCAGAUGCGUCUUCCUCCAUUUGAAGAGAUGCAGCCAGCCUAUCCAGCAAGAGCACGUAAAGCUCAACACCAUGGCGUCAGUGAGUUUUGGACUCCAGUUUUGAAGUCAGAAGGAUGGUCACCACAGCAAAGUGACAACUUCGUUUUCAUGGGAGCCUGUGCAACAAAUGAAAGAGCCUAUGAGUUUAAGGAUCCUGAAACUGGUGAAGCCCAUGGAGUCUUUACUUCUGCACUGGUAGCAGCUAUCAAAGAGUCUCCACCAGAACAAAGACUCUCCUACAAUAUGCUUAAAAGGUGUUCAGGUUAUUCUCCUAAUAACAUCAAAGCUGUUUGCAACUAACCCUUUGAAACUACACUCCCUCUUACACCUGUGAAAUAACUUUUAAGUCUCUGACAGACAACCGCAACACCUAAUAGCCUUGUUUUUUUCUUUUAUCCCUUUAACCCCUAAGAUUGACUAACAUCUAAUUUCUCCUCAUAACAUCAGCCCUGAAUCAAGCAUUAAGGUCAUGAGAAUAAAGGAGAUGAUCACCAACCUAAGAAGCUCUUGAUUGUUGAACAAAUUCUCCUUGUUAGAACACUAGGAGUGUCUAGGGAGUCUAGUAUGGAGAAUAUGCAUACUGAUGUUAGAGAGUAGAGGGUCAAGGAAGUCAUUUACCUCUUUCAUGGGUGCAUAGCUACAACUACAGGAACUAUGUUUAAUUUAUUUUAUCAUGAUUAAUAAUUAUUUUGAUUUUUAUGACAGCCUUGUAAGACGAAAGCUGGCAGAUAACAAUCAGCAAUGUCAGACUCCACAAUUUGAGGGGGGAAACAUGGAUUUGAUACUGUUCAGUUUUGACAAAGGUGACUUACCUGUUAAUUUAACACAAUGGUGUUUACAAAAUAAGGUUGCUUUAAGAUUAGACAGGUAUUUUUGAAGGCUCAGAGGGCCUUUUGUUUAUAGAGGGAGGUCUGCACCUCCCUGUAUAAUCCUAGACUCUUUCAGUUGCAUUUUAUUGCAUUUUUGAGGUCUAUUCUGAUCCAUCUUCCUUUUUUGUUCCUGGAUGUCAUCAGUUUCAUCAAAUUUGAAGGGAAUCACAUAUGUGUGAGAAGUGGAAUGAUGUUUGUCUAAAGGCAGUGAGUGGGUAGCCAGCUCAUUCUACCUGUUAAAUUAAAUGGCUGCCUUUGAAGUCCCUGUUGAAUUAAGUUAUUUUUCAACUGUUACAUUAAAAUGUUACCUUGUUGGUGUGAGAUUUACAAACCAUCUUAUCAAAUCUUGUCAUAGAAACCUAUGUAACAAAUUGGCAUGAUUUAUAAAAACCCAGUGGUAAAGUCUGGGAUUCCAAUGGGGUUCUUCAUAGUCUUGCCUUUAAGUGCUUAAUGUCUUCAUGUUUCUUUCUGUUAUGACCAUAGAAUUUAUUUUGUAAACUUGUGACUGCAUGUUAGAGGAAAAACACUUCCAAAAAGCUGAUGCUGUAUAUCUUUGAAUUGUUUUCUACAGCACCUCCACCUCCCAAAUCAUACAAAGUGAAGGACAUUCACGUAAAGGAAGGGUUUACGUCCAGAAUCACACUCGAUGCUGGAUUUCUACAGGGUGUUGUUGAAGGAGUCUAUGACAUUUAUGAUACUAGACUGACAAUUGAAAAUAAAAUGGCAGAUUUCCAUGUGGCAACCGUUGAUGUCAGGCAUGAAAACAUCCAUGCAACAGAGUCAACUGCUGAAAUGGAAUUUGGCUACAUGUAUGAAUGUAAAAUCAAAGUAAGGCUGUCUUUAGUUUUGGCUCUCAAUCUUUUUUAUAUUAAGUUAAGUGGAAUGUUCUGCCAUUCCCAGCUCUCCAUAUAGUUUUGCAUGCAUGUGAAUAUUUUUUUUUUCCAUAAGUGUUUUGGAAGGCAGGGAUAAGCUGUCACGUGCUCACCCUUGAACUGCUUGUUUCUCAUUGGAUGAGUGAUUUAUAGAUAUCACAUUCUCAAAAACAUUUUUUUUUAAUAUAUAAAUUAUGUUGCACAAGAGAAGUAUAAUACAGCUUUCAAGGUUUGGACAUUUCCCUCAAGAUUUCUAGUAUAUCAACUGCACUAGAUGAUUUGAACUAGGGGAUUUCAUGUGAUAGUGUUGUCUGAUUGUCCUGGUGAGUGUAGUCCUUAGAGGGUCUCAUGUUGAUAGUGGCUCGGUGGUAGAGCAUGGAAGCGCGGAAUCCGAAGGUCUAAGGCUCGAUUCCUCAUGGGGUCUUAGAAUUUUUUUUCUUUGUCCCACGCUCGUGGCGAGACGAAAAACAUCUUUCUUUAUUUUGCUUUUUUGUCACACAGAACAAAUAGAUUGUGUUACAUGCAAGAGCAUCAGUGUCACACUCGGCUGCGCGUCGUGAGCCACUUUUUUGUUCUUGCCACAUUUUGACGCCAUCUGUGAUCUUUUAUUGAACAGACCCACGGCAACGUAGCAUCUAUAUGUUAUUUUCUUGUGGCUUGAAAAGUUAUUUGUUUCAAUUUCAGGCGGGACACAAAGCUUGCCUGACCCAACUGGGAAGUAUGUACUAUCCCGUUUGCAUCAUUGCUACAGAUGUUGAAGACCAGUAUAUUGGCGACGUGAAACUGGCAAUGGAAAGCCAGCAGAUGUUCAGCAUAAGAGAACAAGACACACCCGAAUGUGUCAAGUUGGACGUAUUAACAAUCGAAGGGUAAAGCAGCAAAUUUUAUAAUACUUCUACGUUAUUCUUUCAGGCCUCUGUUUCACUGGAAACUAUUCUGGUACAGCUUAUUGAUCUGUUAUCUAACACUAAUUACAUUCAUUUGUUUAGCAUUUCCAAAUUUGAAAUAAAGAUAAAAUGUAAAAGGGAAUGAACUCGUCAUGGCUCAAACGGUCCCGGACAGGUUUGAGCUGACGCACUAAAGCAUCGGGUUAAAAUGAUUAAAGGUGAACGUACAUGCAAUCGGAACCAAGUGUGCAGGUUUUAUGUUUUUGAUUGAUCCUUUCAGUGAUGUAAGUUGUUUAAUAGUUUGUUUACGUGUUUGUUUACGUGUUUGUUUGCGUGUUUGUUCGUGUUGAAUUGUUUGGAUCACCCACGCGCAGGAGAAUAUCAAAAGAGGCAAUUCAGAAGUACUGUGACAUUCAUUGUCAUACAGGAGACUCUGCCUACUCCCAAUAGUGUGGUGUGAGUUCUCCGUUUGUUGGUUUGUUUUCAUAAAGAUAUCGUGUUAUGUAAAUCCUUAACCCUAUAACUUCCGAGAUCUAAUUAGUAAUUCUCCUUACUGUCUGCCAUACAUGUCUUGUGAUGUUUGUUUGAUAAACUUAUAUUCCCCAAAUUGCUAUUUUUCCUUGACGUCAUCACUUUUGUGCUUGAUAUUGUAUUGAUAUUGAAAGGAGAAAUUCUGUCUUGGUCACUCAUGGGAGUUAAAGGGCUAAAGACUUCCAUGAGCAAAUCUUAAGUGAGACAUUUGAAUUUCAGACAAAGAUGUUGGCGUGCCAUUUACUAUGGUAAGAUGAUUGUACCGGAUCAACGUACUAGGGAUGGUCACCUCAUGAUAAAAAAUCUUUGCAAGUAUUUUCGUGUCAAGUUUGGAAUUCGGCUCAGGGAACCCGAUAACAACAUGCUGAGGAAUGUUAGCCUCAAGAUGUUCAAAGUGGAGAACGUGCCUCCCUACAAGAGCGAUAUGGAUAGGAAGACGCUGUUGAAAGCUCAGGCUGUUAAAACCAAGGAGAUUUAUGAAGGUAAUGCCGUAUAAAUAGGGUGGGGUGUUAGAAGGGAACAUUCAAGGAAAGUUUAAAACUUUCUUUUUUCAUCAUUUUGAGGAAUAACUGCAACAAAAGCCUUUAUGAUAUACCUAUUAACUCCCCGGCAUGGGGGGGGGGGAUUUUAUCAUGAAAACUUUCCCUUUAUUUUCUCCCCUGUAACUUUAUGGUCAUGGGUAGGAACAUCUUUUGAUAUUUAAACUUUUUCAAUAGACUCCCUGGCACCAGUGCGUACCUUUGCUGAAAAUGUUUCCUCACCAUUUUUUUCCUGUAUAUUUCUUUGUUGUAGGGAAACCAGAGAAUUAUGUUCCAACUUUUCAAGCCCACAGAGUCGAGGUUGCACCCCACACGUUUAAUCGUUUAAAGUACCAGGUUGACGAUUCUUCAGGGGACGGGGUUGUUUUUCAGAUCACCAAUAAUGGGCACCUCCCAGUUCAUAUUUGUUUGGUUUCCUACCAGUCAGAUGGCUCCAUUUUGGUCUUAUAUCCAACAGCGAACAGGGCAAGUCAUUUUUUUUGGUUUUGUUUUAUUAUCGGGCAUUGUGCAUUGCUUUACCGGAAAAAGGUUUUUACAUCUUCAAGACGAACAUUUUUUUCGUUUGUUUUGAAAAGACAUCGCCCUACUCAGGGGAAUCCUGAUUUUCAUUUACUUUCAACACACCAAAGUAAUAUCGCGAUUUAUAAAACCACUUGUAUUUUUUUCUUUUACGACCUCGUCAGUUGAUACAAUAACUAUUCGAACCUAAAGAAAUUUCAUGAAGCAACUGCUAAUGCCAGUGUCAAAACGAAUGAUUAGUUUAGCGUUUUUUUUUAGAUGGCAAGUUAUCGGAAAGGGUUUAUGAAGCACAUACGCCUUUUAAGACAUUCGUACUUUGAAAAUCAUAUUAUUAUCACAGUUGGAAGCGUUUUACCUCUAAUAAUUAUUAAUGCAAAUAGUAGUUUGUCCUAGUGCAUCGAAACUAUACCACCCAAGGUAACUUGGGUCUAUCAAAUGAGUUGAUGACGUAACUUGGCCACCUUCAAGAGUUUCAAACAGAAGCUGAUCUUUCGAGCGUCAGCCAUCCGUCAAAGCGAAGGGCUAACGUUCUGACGAAGGGCUAAUGCUCGAAACGUCAGCUUUGAAACUCUUAGCGGUGGCCAAUUUAAUUACGUUGUCAACUUAGUUGAUCAUACUAAAUUACCAUGUUAUACUCUCCCACCGACGCAGCACCACAGUUUCUUUAGAAACUUACCCCCUUUUAUAACAUCCAAGGUAUGUUUUAACUGAUAAAUUUUAUACACUGACAAUCAAAUACCGUAGAGCUCUGAAAACUGAAUGCUGUUUGUAUUCAUCCACUCUGUAGGGUAUCAGCGGUGUGCUUAAUCCUGGUGACUCAAUAUCAGAGAUCAGGCGCGUCUUUAUCCAGCCUGAGACAGUCCGUCUCAUGGGGGAGCCCAACGUUGAAUUAACAAGACCUGACGGUUGUAAUGACAUCAUUGUGUUGUAUGCUACAAAUGCCGAGGUUGAUUAUCAGCCUCUGUUCCAGACUCCUUUAGAGCUCAGUCCUUAUUUAAGCACUAGAGGGAUUGACACACCCGAUGUAUGUAUCACUUUUCUUUGUAUAAAUUAAGUCCAUUUAUGAAUGUACAAAUUAUUAUUAGAACGUUUUGAGUGUCGAAAACAAUUUGGGGUUUCAUUGGAGUUUCUUUGCUAUGAUCUGUGAUUAUAGACAGUCUUGAAGACUCGAUAGCUAACCCGUUCGCCGCGCUCACUCGUGAGCUAUCGAGUUAAACACUCGAAGAGAAAUUUCAUAUCCACAAGCAACCAUUAUUUUGUUAAACACAAUAGUCCUUUACUGACAAGAAAUGUCAACUUUAUUAAUUAAUGAAUGAAAAUAAAAUUAUCGACAAUCCCCGAAUAAAAAUCGCAAAGUGCGUUGGCGCUAAGGCUCAAGAUGAAAAAUACGUUGAAACACUAUUAAAACAAAGAAUGGGCGUAAUUUUCGAUACACAAAAUUCUCAGUUAUUGACUUAGUCCUUACCAACAGAAGAUAUUUUUUAGGUACACAGCAAAAAUCGGCCUGUAACAAAUCUUCUAGUUGUCGAUUUUCAUUCUCAGCCGCGAGAAAUGCCAUUACCAAAGCCACUGAUACGUAACUCACGGUUUUUCUUUCCGAAUUUUGGUUUUCUUCAGCUUCUGGGAAAGUUUGAACGUCACUGUCUGUAAGCGAUACGGAUUUUUCAGUGUUUUAGCAACCAUAAUCCGAAAAAAUUUUGGCAAGCGACCUUGGAUUGAGAAUGGUAAAGGCUUCGCCGUUCAUUUAUUAACCUGACCGAGUGGCGCGAGAGGCGAGUGACGUGUCAGCAGCUGAUUGGCGAUAUCAAACGUUGUUACGGCUUUUCUCAAGGCUGGAAAUCCUUGUAUAACACCGUAGUUUAUAUGAUAAAAUAUGUUCAUACUUAUAGUGCGCAAUUUCAACGUGCUAUUUUGAUCAAAUGCGACCAAGUGUGACAAUGGCUACUCCUGUUUCCCCGCGCUUUAAGCGUUGUGCUUGUUUCUACUUUGGAUUCUCAUUAGCCCUUUGUAAUAUUACUUUUGUUCUGAUUGGUCAUUUGGAUCUAUGCGAUCCCACAACUUACCUCAUGCAGAUAGCUAGUCACACACUAGAACUUAUCUGUCACAGUUGUCAAAUUGACUAUGAAUCAUUUUGGUGUUAAAAAUCUCUUAAGGGUAACGAGAAAAAAAGGAAGGGAAAAUAGUCUUGAUUUUGUGUAAUUUCGAGGUGAAUGGAACAGUUAAGGAAGUAUAAUAAAUGUAGGGGAACAUUCACAACAUGUGCAUGUCAGUGAAAAGUUAGGUACAGGGAUAUCAAAAUGUUUCUUGUAGCUUUAGGAAAUCAAAAUUCUGAAAUCGAAGGUUUAUUAUUUGUUUGAGUAUUCCAUUAAGAUACACUUAUCUUAUGAGGUUGUAGGUGUGACAUGCACCGGCUUGGUCUGGUGUGAGUUUUUACCAAUCGAAGCCAGUGAAAAUUGACCCGUGGUCAGCGAAAGGUAACGAACCCCUGUUCACCUAGUUACACAACGUAAGUGUAUCUUUUUUACUUUUUCUGUGUUGUUUAAAACAGGGAUUACGACUUGACACCGUCGCCAGGUUUCGAGAAGCUUUGGAGUCCGAGCCAGUUAACCGGGACAUUUUGGAUGGCGACGUGAAGUGGAUUACUUUGAAGCGGGAGAUCAGGGUGCUAUACCAUCCACAACAAACCUUUGAGCCAAUCGUCUAUCCCAAGAAGGAAAAGGAAAAGGAUUAA